ACACACAGAUAAAUUACUCCAUCUUAGAAUGGUGCAUGGAAGAACUACAAAGUUCAGGUUCCUUUCUUUAGUUAAAUAUUCAUGGAUUGUACUAAACAUGUUAUAUCUUACCUUCUAUUGGUCUUUUAGUGUUCUACGUUACAAAGUAAUUUUAAAACCAGGUAAUGUUACUGCAUUGUAUUUCUAGGUUAGAAGAGACAUUGAAUUAUGAUUACUGAAUGUUGUAUAAUAUAACAAUAUGAGUUGUGUUACAUGAAGUGAUUUAUGACUCCACCCUUUUUAUUUUUAAAGGGAUUAUCUAGAAAAGGAACAGACUAUUGAAUACCUGAAACAGCAAUUGAAAAUGAAAUGCAAUGAAGUAGAAAACUUACUCUUGAGAAAUAAAUGCCUUCAGAAAGUGAACGACCACAUGUCAGAAAUGAUCCACCCUUUAACCCAAAGACUUGCUGAGCUGGAGAUUGACCAGGAGGAAGCCCAUGCCAAAAUAAAAGCUAUGUAUAACCUGAGACACAAGACAUCACAUGGGAAGGUGAUCAUAAAAAAAGCUGGGUCAUUUAUUGAGCCUGAAAUACUGCUAGAGGCCAACAAAAUAACCAAGGCCUUAAACAUUUCCAACAAAGAGCUGAGCUCCACUUUGAAAAUUAGGUUUUCUGAAAUGGAGCUCCUGAUGAAGCAGCUGUUGAACCCAGUGUUCAAUCUGAUGGACGCUGCAUUAAGUUCAACCCAAGAGCUUGAGGAAAUGCGCUCUCUGUACAAGAAGGAGGCUUUGGCAAGGAAGAUGCUUCACAACAGGCUGCAGGAGAUGUGUGGGAAUGUCCGUGUUUUCUGUCGCUGCAAGGGGUACUCGCCCACCACCAGUUGCCUUAUCCUUCCAUCAGAUGAAGAGCUUGUACUAAUGUAUAAAGGCAGCAAGAAGAAGUUUGCUUUUGAUAAAGUGUAUUCUCCAAGAACUACUCAGGUAAUGUGUAACAACUUAUAGCCAUAUCAAGUCAUAGUUUUGUACAUAUUGCUCACCUGUCAGAAAGGACUAGCGCCAUACUGACUCUAUACUGCCUUGUAAAAAGUUACAGAUUACAAUACCUUCUACUGAGUUAGGGCAGCUACAGUAUUAUUGAUAUUGUAGUUAAAGAAAAUGUCAACUUUCAUGGAAAAACAAUGACAUUUUACAAGACAUAAAUAUGUUCAGUUUAACUCGUACAUACAUUAUUCUAA